AUGCACAAAUCUGCCCUCAUCGGUCUUCUGGCUUCGAGCCCAGUCUCAGCCCAGCUUCACAGCCUAGCGCAGGCCGCUGGUCUCAAGUACUUCGGUAGCGCCGUCGACAACGGCUACCUCAGCGAUUCCGCCUAUGCCAAGCUCGCCAACAACGUUGAAGAGUUUGGUCAACUCGUCCCCGAGAACGGACAGAAGUGGGAGACUGUCGAGCCUACCCGUGAUCAAUUCACUUACAAGACUGCCGAUGUUGUUCCUGAUCUUGCCAAGAAGAACGGCCAGAUCUUGCGAUGCCACGCUUUGACUUGGCACAGCCAGCUGCCCACCUGGGUCUCUGCUGGCAAGUUCUCUGCUUCUGAACUGACCGAGAUCAUCGAGGCGCACAUUGCCAAUGUUGUCGAGCACUACAAGGGUGACUGCUACGCCUGGGACGUCGUCAACGAGGCUAUCGACGACAGCGGCGAGUGGCGCGACAGUGUCUUUUACCAGACCCUUGGAACCGACUACUUGGCUAUUUCCUUCAACGCUGCCAAGAAGGCCGACCCCAAGGCCAAGCUGUACUACAACGACUACAACCUCGAACAGAACGGCAAAAAGACCGACCGUGCAGUUGAAAUCGUCGAGAUCCUUCAAAAGGCCGGCGCACCCAUUGACGGUGUUGGUUUCCAGGGCCAUCUCAUCGUCGGCGAAACCCCCUCCCGCUCCGAGCUUACCACUGUUCUCGAGCGCUUCACUUCUCUCGACGUUGAGGUCGCUUUCACUGAGCUCGACAUCCGCCACUCAGCCGUCCCAGCCUCUGCCGCUGAGCUGAAGAAGCAGGGCGACGAGUACGUCAACGUCGUCGGCGCCUGUCUUGACGUCAAGGGCUGUGUUGGAGUUACCGUCUGGGGUAUUACCGACAAGUACAGCUGGAUCCCCGGUGUCUUUGCCGGUACCGGUGAAGCUCUCCUCUACACCGAUGAGUACGAGAAGAAGCCCGCCUGGACCAGUGUCUCCAGCCUUCUCGCCGCUGCCGCUACUGGUGCUCCCGUCACCAGCACUGUCGCUCCCGUCGUGACCACCGCUGCUCCCACCACCAUGCUGACCAGGACCAAGCCUGUUUACACUGACUGCGACGACAUCCCCGAGACUGACGAGCCCGUGUACCCCUCCACCUCCAUGGCCAACAACUCUGUUCCUACCACAGAUAUGGGUACUCGCACUGCCCUUGGCCCUGUUUACACCAAUGUUGAUGAUAAUGAUGACGACUGCGCGAGCGAAGAGGCUCCUUUCCCUACCUAUGUGAUCCCCACCAACGGCACAGAGAGGUAA